UCCCAACUAUAAAUAAGUACGCAUACCAUUUUUACCAGCUCAGUUUCAUUUGUGCCGUUUAAUCAAGUGUGCCGCUAAGUCGGACGGACCGACGUAAAUCAACGACAAAAAUGAAGCUACUAGCAGUAUUUGGACUCAUCCUGAUCUGUUACAAUGUUUCGGCAACGGAGACAUCCAAAUAUGCAAAUUUGUUAGAAACAUUUCUCAUAAAAUUUAAAACUACAAUGAAAACUGGAGACGAGAAACUUGGAAUUCCGGUUCUCGAUCCGUUCAAGGCGGAUCGACUAGCGAUCGACCUUAAGGAGGACACAAUAAACUUAAACGCAAAUUUGACGAAGGUCAACGUGAAUGGCUUGUCGGAAUACGACAUCAUUGCUGCUAACCUGGCCUUUAGCAUAGUAUCUGGCACCGUAAAUUUAACUAUUCAUCUUUCGUGGCCCUUGGUAGCCGCGAGUACCGGCUACGGUUUGAAUGCCCAAAUCCAGGACUUCGAACUUUACGGCAACGGUAACAUGAGUCUGUCUGCGCAAGAAUUUGUUUUCGAAACGCACAUUUAUUUUGUCAUGGACGAGAACAAGCUAAACGGAUACUUGAAAGUAGACAAGAUGAUAUUGAAUCUUUCUUUGAAAUCGUUAGAUUUUGAAGCAACGGGCAUCUUUGACGACGAUGAAUUGUCCAAAAUCAUAAGUGCUGUGAUUUCCGAUAUGGCACCACGAUUAAUUAGCGAUGGCAAAAUUACAAAUGAGAUUCAAAAACUUAUAAAACAGAAACUCGACGCUUUUCUCGCCAGUAUGACGUUUUUAGAGAUAUUACAAUUAUUUAUGUAAACUUUAAUUAACUAUGGCAUUCAAGCUUUUAUAUCGGUAUUAUCUCUUGAUCAGUUAUUUGUAUAGUCACAAUUCUAAUCAACAUAUAACGAUAUGAACAGAUAGGUUAUGAAAGAUUAGAGUAAAAUGGGCAUAUUCUUAGAGAGAGAAACAAAUGUAAUUCUCUUCUUUUCGAUUAUAAAUUGUUAAUUUAAUAUUAUAGUUACAAUGAGAAAACAAAAUUGUUGAU